GUAAUCAGCAGGGGGAACAGAAACAGUCUCACCGUGGGGAAAGUUAAAUCUACGAGAGGGAAGAGUUCAUUAAAAUAAGCUUCAACAGGAUUUAAUUCUUUAGUCUCAAAUGACGGACUGUUAUUAUUUACCAGCGAACACUGCGUUAACAUGUCAUAACGAGUUUAGGUGACGGGAAGAGGAAGAUAAUGUUAGUCCAUCAAUGUCAUUCUCUGUGCAGAAGAAGCAAAUAAAAGAAAAUAUCAGUGUGUUAAUAUGCUGCCACUGUCUUCUGUUUAUCGUGGGCUGUGGAGAACCGCUGUCUACACGCUUAGGACAAGGAGAAAUCCACCCUGCAGACUCCUGACAUCCUGCAAUGGACCCAGACUGGCCGACGCCGACACCAUCUUUGCGUUGUCGUCAGGUCAUGGCAGGUGUGGCGUGGCCGUGGUACGAGUCAGUGGUCCAGCCUCAGCUACGGCCCUGAAGCGCAUGGCUGGGCUCACGCACGGCCUUCCCCCUCCACGAACGGCCCUGUUACGCAGCAUCAGAGACCCUCAGACCGAAGAAGUGCUGGACCGUGGGCUCGUCCUGUGGUUCCCAGGUCCUCAUAGUUUCUCGGGUGAAGACAGCGUUGAGUUCCACAUCCAUGGCGGCCCUGCCGUCAUUACCGCCGUCCUACAAGCCCUGGGAAGCGUGCCUGGCAUGAGGCCGGCUGAAGCUGGGGAGUUCACGCGGAGGGCCUUUCAGGCGGGGAAACUGGGUCUAACAGAGGUGGAGGGGCUCGGGGAUCUGAUCCACGCAGAGACAGAGGCUCAACGGAGACAAGCUCUUCGACAGAUGUCAGGAGAACUGGGACGCCUCUAUCAGGACUGGAGCUACAGGCUGAAACGGUGUCUGGCCCACGUUGAAGCCUUCAUAGACUUCAGUGAGGAUGAGCUCAUUGAAGAUGGCGUCUUAAACCAAGUGGACGGGUCAGUGAGGGAUCUGCAAGCAGAGAUGGAGCGCCACCUAAAGGACGAGAGGAGAGGCGAGCGGCUUCGCAGCGGAGUCCAGGUUGUCAUCGCGGGAGCAACCAAUGCUGGGAAAAGCAGCCUCCUAAACACACUGUGCCAGAGACCCGCAGCUAUCGUGUCUCCGAUUGCUGGGACCACCAGAGACGUGGUGGAGACGGCACUGGACAUCGGCGGCUUCCCCGUCCUCCUGAGCGACACGGCCGGCCUCAGAGACAGCUCGGACCUGGUGGAGAGAGAGGGGGUUCGCCGUGCUCGGGAAAGGGUGGAGCAGGCUGAUCUGACUCUGGUGGUUGUUGACUCCACUCAUCUCCCCUCUGAUGCACAACAGGCUGCAGCCUUCCUCCGGGAACACCUGAGGAGUGUGCUGCCGUCCCAGGAUCAGCCUGAGAAAGGCAGGUGCCUCCUGGUGCUGAAUAAGUCCGACCUGCUGCCUGAGGAACAGAGACAGAAGCUGGACAGUGAGCUGAGAGGGGUCUCUGGACUUGCUCCCCUCUGCCUGAUCUCCUGUCAGACCAGUGAAGGACUGGAGGACUUCCUCACAGUGCUGCACGCCACUGUCAAGACUCUGUGUGGCGACCCUCUGUCUGGCGCCCCCACCCUGACCCAGGCUCGCCAUAGGGCCCACCUGCAGCAGUGCGUGGCGGCUCUGGCUCAGUAUCAGCGGUACCGCGACACUGACCUCGCUCUGGCAGCAGAGGGUGUCCGGUUGGCUCUCACCAGCCUGGGCCGGAUCACUGGACGGGUCGGGGCAGAGGAGAUCCUGGAUAUCAUCUUCAAAGACUUUUGCAUUGGAAAAUAGAUAAGUAGGAACGAAAACAUUUAUUGCAUGUAAUAUCGGGGCAGCUCAGAGAGGAAAGUUUUUGUCCCAGAGUAACAGUUAAAAACACGGGACAAAAAGGGGCACAGCCUCGGAGUAGUGCCAGGCUCAAGGCACAUUCACAGCAGAAAGAAUAUAAUUCAUGUUCUUGGCUGCAGAAUAACUCUGAUCCCAAGACGAAGACAUGUUUGUUUUUGUUGAUGCUUUUUACAAUACUGAAAUAAUUUUAGUAUGAUGACAGGUGCCUCAGAGGUCCAGUAUACUGAACAAGUGUUGGGCAGUUCUUGAGUUAAAAAGAGCGUUGAAGGCCUUUCAAAGGUGAAUAUUGGCCUCUUGGGUCACGACUUAACAGCCGAGAGCGUUUAAAAUAGAACCACCUGCAGACGUCUGCAAGGUCGGCCACAGAAAGCGUGGAUGUUUACUUGUACCUCAGGAAAAUGAAUGAUUUUGUUGUUAUUUUGUUGGAUGGUGGCCACUGGAUCCAUGCAGACACGCACUUGAACGUCACAUUUAUUUAAUUUGCCAAAAAUGAACGUUUGAUUGUGAAAAUGUGGAACCUGGAAAGGAUGUCUAAUGUGAAAUAAAGGAGAAUAUUCUGCGUUUUGUGACAAAUAAAGUUCAGCUCCUGCCGCAAACUAAUGCACAUACAGUAUGUAAGUAAAGUCAGAGUGACCCCCUCCCUCCCUUCUGUGGGAAAGGGACGUAUUUGGAGGCAAUGUUCAUUGUGCCCUUUGUUCGCCUGUCAAUCUGGCCUUGAUCAAAUAUUUAUGUUUCCUUGUUGAACUCCUCACCCUUCUUCCCUAGUUGGUUUCUUCUUGCCCAGUCUCUGACGACAUUCGCUUUGCUGUACGCCCGCGUUAACUUCUGCCUCUCUGUCUUUUUUGUCUCUCUCCUCUCCGGCUGUGAAGCCUGACCUUUCCUCUUUCCGCACUGCUCUGUCAGCCUUCUCGUCCUCUUUCAUGUUCUCCGUGAUUAAUUACAGCGUGGGGAAGUUUAAGCCAAAAGUGGGACUUGCUGUCAUGCAGAUUAGUGGUAGUAAAUUUGUCUUUGACGCACAA